AUGGCGAAUCCAGCGACUGUGGCAGAUACCAAGGCGAAAUUUACCAAAGGCUACCCGUACCCUUUACCGUCGAUUUGGGCGACAGUUUUACAAGAACUACUGGUCGGGAUGCAUUUCACGGUGACGAGCUCGAAAUAUCAACACGAAGAGAUGCGAAGUUUAGGAUUCGUCUCGGUGUUUGACCAAUUGUUCGAGGGGUACCCGACGGAAGACCCGAACGCGAAGGAGAAGAUUUUCAGCACGUUUAUGGAAGCGCUCGGUGAGGACUCGAAGAAGUGGAGAGCGGACGCGGAAAAAUUGUCCGCGUUUGCGACGGAACAAACGAGCAUCGAUGGGAUCAUCGCGAACCCGAUGUUUGCCAGCAUGAAAUCUAAAGUUGAAUCGAAGAGUUUAGUGUACGACAAGUUCAUCGCGAUUGGUUUUUUCCGAGCGUUGGAGAUGAGCAAACAAACGUCGCCGGAAAAUUUGAAGAAGAUUUCCGAGGCCAGCGGGGUGACUUUGGAGAAAAUCAACGGCGAUUUGGGUCUGUACAAAUCCGUCUUGUCGAGAAUGAACGCCGCGAAGGAGUUACAAGCGGAAGUUUUGGAAAGAGAGCGACGGAAGACGGCUGAACGCAUGGAAAAGAAGGCGGCGAAGGACGCGAAGGAAGUAGCAGAAACGAGCGAUUAG